GAUGGAAGUGUAGUGCAAAGUCGAUGGGAGUUGAUUCGUACAGCUUUGGAAGGAGAAUGCAAAAGUUCACUUGACAUUAGGGAUGCAAUAUUGAGUUACAACACAGUACAUGCUAAAAGAUGGGACUUCACAGCUUUGAACUAUCUCUGCACUGAGGGUAUGGAAAAUGAAGAAGUACAGCAUCUCUUUAACGUCACAUUGCCAAAGAUGAUGAAACUGGUUUUGAAUACGCCCAAGAUUUGCACCCAGCCAAUCCCGCUGCUUAAGACAAGGAUGAAUCAGUCCUUGACCGUGUCACAGGAACAAAUUGCCUGCCUUCUUGCCAAUGCCUUCUUCUGUACAUUUCCCAGACGCAACUCGCGCAAGUCCGAGUAUGCCAACUACCCCGAGAUCAAUUUUUACAGACUGUUUGAAGGUUCUUCCUCACGCAAGAUUGAAAAACUCAAAACUCUGCUGUGCUAUUUCAGAAGAGUCACUGAAUCAAUGCCCACUGGCCUUGUCACAUUCACACGACAGAGCUUGAGCGGUUUUCCAAAAUGGGAAAGUUCAAAGAAACAGCUCACCCGUCUUCAUAUCACCUGUAAGGGCACCAUAGAGGAUGAAGGCUACGGAAUGCUUCAGGUGGACUUUGCGAACAGGCUCGUGGGUGGAGGGGUGACAGGUAUGGGGUUGGUCCAGGAGGAGAUCCGCUUCAUCAUCAACCCUGAGCUCAUGGUAUCACGCCUCUUCACAGAAGCUUUGGACCACAACGAGUGCCUCAUCAUCACAGGCACAGAGCAAUACAGCAAGUACUCUGGCUAUGCAGAGAGCUUCAGAUGGAAAGCCAAUCACAAAGAUGAGAUUCCCAGAGACGGGUGGCAGCGGAGGUGCACUGAAAUUGUGGCUGUGGAUGCACUGAAAUACAGGAAUUUCAUGGAACAGUUUCAGCCUGAGAAAAUGAUCCGGGAGCUAAACAAGGCAUAUUGCGGUUUCAUGCGACCUGCUGUGAACCCUGAGAACCUCUCCGCUGUUGCCACAGGAAACUGGGGAUGUGGUGCGUUUGGAGGCGACACGCGACUCAAAGCUCUGCUGCAGUUUAUGGCAGCUUCUGAGGCGGGGAGAGAUGUGGCCUACUUCACUUUUGGAGAUGAGGAACUCAUGAGGGACGUGAAUGCCAUGUACAGAUUUCUUAAAGACAAGUGCGUCACUGUCGGCACUCUGUACUUCUACUUAAAGCAGUACUCUAAUGUGGUGUCUAAGCAUCUCCAGAGGCCUAACAUCAGCCUCUAUGGGUACAUCUAUGAUAAGGUCAAUACAAAUAUGGACCCCGAGCCCAGCCCCAGCGACAGCAACUUAACCACUGCGCCUUCCCCCUGUCCUGCAGACUGCCAUUAAUGCUGGUCAACGGCUAACUCAACCUUGUCCAAAUGCCGCAGUGCUUUCUUUCCCUUUAGAAAGACUUUUGGGUGAUUGUCGUGAGAGCACAUUAUGCCUUUCUUUUCCUUUUUUUUUUGUACCAGUGAGUAAGUUUCAAGUCAUUAUGAAUAAGGAGACAGAAAGUAUAGCAAUAGACUGUAAAUCCUUAUUUCUUGUGAACAUCAUCUAGGUUUGAUCCCGGGAUAGUUUUUCUGGAAUGCCAGACAAGCUUCCCUAGGUUCAAAUUUACUGCAUGAUCUUAGGAAAUUAAAUGAUCCAUCAUUUAAUUGGGUGACCAAGGUGUAGUCUUUAUUUAUUUUUUCUUAUUCAGGAACUAACAGUGAUUCAUAAAAAAGUGUGUAGACAUAACAAAAUAUGCAUGAGAACCUCUAAAUACACAGUAAAGUCCCCUUUGACACUUGAUUAUGAAAUGUAUUGCACAAGACUUAUCCUUUUUUAAUUCCUCAAAUAUAAAAAGAUUUGAUAAUGAAAGAUGUGAAAGGAAAUAUUACCUGUUGGAAAACUUGUGUAAUCACACUAAUGGAACUGCUGCAAAUCAAGGUUGUGGGAAAACAUAUAGUCUCUGCAUGACAUUUUUAGCUAUUUAUUACGGUCAAGGUUUUUACAGUUUCAUUUAUUGUUUUGAUUAAAGGCACCUUCAAGAAAUGGGGUUGAUAUUUAAAGGUAGUGAAUAUUUUCAUAUGCUUUGCUCUUUAUUUUAUUAUGAUUUGAUAAUUAAAAUGGUUGAU